CCAUUUCAAACUAACUAUUAAGCGCCCAGUAUCGCUCGGAACGUCUGCGGGUGUAAAUGUGACUUUGGCCGUCGCCAAGAACGACUUCUUCGGUUCUUUCCGCUUGGACGAUGGCGAAGGCGCUAAAAAAAUAUACGAGACCACUCUCGGUGGAGAUGGUGGGCCUGGUGCAUCUGCUCCUGCUGCUCACGGCCCUUUGCGCCGGCGAAGAAAGUCGGCUGGUUUGCUACUUCACCAACUGGUCGCCGGACCGGGCCGGCGAGUACGCGUUCAAUGUCAACGACAUACCGGUCGAGCUGUGCACCCACCUCACCUACACCUUUGCCGGGGUGGACGAGGACACGUUCGAGCUGCGGCCGACCGACGGGAAGUUCGACAUACUGCAGCAGGGCUACGAGAAGUUCGCCAACCUGAAGAAGAUAAACCCCGAGCUGAAGCUUUCGCUGGCCGUGGGAGGUUGGGCGCAUGGGGCCGAACCGUUCCAGAAGAUGGCGGCCACACUAAACGGGCGGGAGGUGUUUAUCAACAGUGUGAUUGAGUUCCUUCACCGGUACAACUUUGAUGGGAUCGAAAUUGUGUGGCUUUGGCCGGGCAGUUCGGACCGGGGCGGCCAGCCGAGUGAUAAGGACAACUUCUAUCUGCUGAUAGCGGAGCUGAAGAGCGCGUUCCGGGAGGCCGGACAGGAUGGUUGGGAAGUGGUGGUGCAGGUGCCACUCGAGCGGUACCGGAUCGAGCAGGGCUACCACCAAAGUCAGCUGUGCAGAGUGGCGGACUAUGUGUACGUAACCGGAUACGAUCUUCGCGGCUCGUGGAACGGGUACACCGACGUGCACAGCCCCAUGAACAAUCGCCCAUUCGAUACGGGCGCGCAGAGAGAUUUGAACGUCAAGGGUGGCGUGCAGCACUGGAUCAAAGGUGGCUGUCCGGCGCGCAAAAUCGUCCUCGGUGUGCCACUGUUCGGGCGCACGUACACACUAGCAAACAGCGAGGAGCAUGGACUGGCGGCACCAACCACCGGACCAGGGCUGCCGGGACCACAAACAAAGGAUGCCGGCUACCGCGGGUACUUUGAAAUUUGCACCGAAAUGCAGCAGUCCGGCUGGGAGAUCGAUUGGGACGUGCGGGGCCAAUGCCCGUACGCUUACCGGGGCGAUCAGUGGAUCGGGUUCGAGAAUACGAUCUCGAUCGUGGAGAAGGCUAACUACGCCAAAUAUCAGGGACUGGCGGGCGUGUACGCCUUUUCGCUCGAUCUGGACGACUACCGGGGCAAGUGUGGCAAACGGUAUCCGCUGCUAACGGCGCUGCGCAAUGCCUAUAAACCGAAGAUGCUAUGCGGGACGGGUGACGAUUUUGCGGCCUUCCGUGAACCCUGUGAUCUUGUUUAGUGUGGGACAGUGAUAGUUUGGGAACAUGGGAUGAAACUGUACCACUCGCAACAGUGUGCUUUGGAGUUCGGCGAUGAAAUCGGAGAAAGUGAGACAGGUUUGAAGUGCAUAAAAUAGAGGACGUGUGUCUGGAAUUUGAACCGUGAGUGAUAUUCAUCCUUGGAGCUCAGUAAAGUGCUCUAACAUUGGCAGCAAAGUUUGUUGCAAAACCACACAACAUGCCUUUAUCAAUUUUAAAUCUAUUUAUCCGAAACAAUGUUACAGUUAAAUUGACAUUUCGUGCGUUAUUUUAAAGUUCCCAAAUGGUAUGAGUGAGUGUCUUAUUCAGUGAUGUCAAAUGUGCUAAUCAAGGCAAUAAUAAGUGCAACUAUUCUUCUUCUUUGGCUCAACAACCGAUGUCGGUCAAGGCCUGCCUGUACCCACUUGUGGGCUUGGCUUUCAGUGACUAAUAAAUAAAUUAUUAGGUGCAACUAUAUGAAAUGUUAAAGUGGAA